GUCAAUGAAAAUAGAUUGAAACUACAGUGCAUUAUAACAAUUUCAUAUUGGAAAGAUAUGCAUUGAUUGUGCAUCUGUUCAAAACCAAGUAACAUUUUACUAAUACUGCUUGAUAAAAUUUGCACACUUGACAUGUAAUUGUUUUGCAGAGGCAGUCACGUGGUUGAAUGGUUCGGCACAUCAUAAUUUCCCGGUUUUAAAUUGUGAAGACAAAAACAUGGAUGAACUUACAGCACAGCUAGCUGCUGACUUCUCUGUAAGCAGUGACCCAAAUAGCAUCGCAGCACAGCACCCUAGAUAUUCACAAUACAAAUCUCGUGGCGAUGUCCCAGACCAGAACACACGAAGAUCAAAAAUUCUGAAAGCACAGAAGAGACAAAGGUUUGAUUACCUAUGCCACACCCGAUGUCUGUCAGAAGACACGUGGGAAAAGGCUGAUGCAGAGUCUGUGGCUUCCAAUGACAGCAUGGAAGUGCAGUUGGAGGGUGAGGAGGUGAAACUCAGAAAGCCUGGAAGAAACUUUAAAAAUCAGUUGAUGAUGUCUGAAUGGCUAGUAGAGGUACCAGAAGAUUUUGCUGAAUCGUGGUGUACAGUCAUCUGCCCCUGGGGAAAGAGGUGCCUGGUUGUUGCAUCAAGGGGGAGAACCACUGCCUAUUCCAGGGGAGGAUACAGACUCAACACAUUCUCAUCAAAUCUACCAGGAGGUUGUAAAAGUCAGCCUGGGCGUUUCAAAGACAAUGCCAUUCUAGAUUGUCUCUUCAAUGAAGCUGAGGGUACAUAUUAUGUGCUGGACAUAAUGUGCUGGAAAAAUCACCCCGUGUAUGAUAGUGAGACAGAGUUCCGAUUUUUCUGGCUGCACAGUAAGUUCUCCGAAGAGCCAGAUCUAGGUAUAAAAUCUGAUGAAAAUCCUUUUAAAUUUGUGGCAUUACCAAACUUUGUCUGCACACAAGAGUCUAUUGGCCUGGCUAUAAACACUGCAAACUUUGAGAUUGAUGGCAUACUGUUUUACCACAAGAGAACACACUACACAUUCGGAUCAACACCCCUGGUGGUCUGGCUGAAACCUUACAUGGUGCCAGAGAUCCUGAAUAUUCAAGUGAUAGACAAAAUCAUGGAGAAAAGACCUGACUCCUACACAAACUAUGCUGCUCACAUGACAGCAGUGGCUACAGAGAAGGAGAAAGCAAAAGAACUGAGAAAACAGAAGGAAAGCGAAAAAAAACAAGGUGUGAAAAUACUUCAGAGAGAACACGGUAAAGGAGAUGGUAGUGGGCAGGAUACCAAGAGUGAUGGGCAGAUUUCAGGUGGUGGAUCUGGAGGAGGAGGAGGAGGGAAACGUGGCAAGGGGAGGCGGAAAAAGGGCGGGGCUGCGGCCCAUAUGGAUGUGAUGUUCUCUGAGUGGAUGACAGAAGUACCAGAGGAUCUAGUUAAAAAUUGGUUCAUGAUUAUCUGUCCUAAAGGCAAGCGGAACCUAGUGAUAUCAGCACAGGGGAGAACAUUCACCCAAUCUAAACAGGGCCUAUUACUGGAGGAUUUCCCAUCUUGUCUACCAGGAGGGAACGUGGGAGAUCAGAAAGGAAUGUCUGUACUGGACUGUAUCUACAACAAGAAAGAUGAUGUUUAUUAUGUAUUGGAUAUGAUGUUUUGGAAAAGUCAGGAUAUGACUGAUUGUGAUAGUGAGUUCCGCAUUUUCUGGAUGAAUGAACGACUUGCGGAACAGAAGAGCAUAGGUCGACGGACCAAGAUCAACCCUCACAAGUUUGUCCCAUUGAAGUCCUAUGCCUGUACAAAGAAAGUGAUGAACCAGGCUAUGAGCUCCACCGAUCUUGAAGUUGAUGGUGUCCUUUUUUAUCAUAAGAGUCUUCCAUACAGACCUGGUGUGUCCUCUCAAAUCCUCUGGUUGAAGCCAUACAUGAUGUCCGAGGCCCUGGGGGUGGAUGUCUCACCACAGCUUGCGGCAGCACCAGCCAGUUACACAACAUUUGCAGACCAUGUGGAGAGUGUUAAGGAGGAAGAAGGGGAAAAUAAAUCUGGUAAAGCUGGUGGACGACAAAAGGCUAAACCUUGUAUUGACAUUGACAAGAUUGUGGAAGAUAUCGGUGACCUGUAUAUCAGUAAGAGGCAACUGGAGGCAGACACUAUCGGGCCUGUACACAUCCGUGACCGCCCCCAAACCAGUGUGUGGAGAGCUGAACAAUCGGGGAGGAGACAUGGUGAUGGACUUCUGGGAGAUCCCAGACAAAUAUACGGGGCUGAUUAUUAUGAUCAAGGAGCCUAUCAUCAAGGCUAUUACAAUCAGUGGUAUAGCAAUCAAGGAUAUUGUGAUCAAAGCUAUAGAGGCUACCAGGACUGGAAUAGCCAGAACUAUGGUGGCUACAGUAGCAACCUGCCUGCUGUAGGGGCCCGAGGGGCCUGGGGCUAUGAGGAACACAAGAAAGCUAGACAGCCCAAGGGAAGGGGAGGCUUACUCAAGCUCAGUGCCAUGGAUUCCUACAAGCAAACACACAAGAUCUUCAAGGAGUAAAAUAGCAUUUUAAAGGUGUAUGUGUUCAUGUGCGAAAGACACUGGUGCAAGCAGUCAAUCAAUUCAAAGGUUAAAUAAUAUGGUUCAAGAUUGUUCUUAAUAUAAUAUUUUGUUUUCUAUAUUGGUGCUGAUAUAUUUAAGUUGUACCAGAGUUAAGAAACGAAUUUAUUCUGAGAGACUACAAACAUGACAAUUGUAUGAUAUUGAGUUCAUGCUGAAUAAAUUCUUAUUUUAGAAAUCUAAAUAAUAUUAUAAAUGUAAUACUAGCCGCAAUAUACCGCUCGGCUAGAGAGAUCUUCUCUUUAGCUCGAUCGGUUGAGCGUAAGACUAGUAAGCCAGAGGUCCCGGGUUCGAUCCCUAGCGGAGGCAGUGAAUUAAAUUUAAUUAAUCCUGCACUCUGUUACAUAAAUAUUCUUUGUGCACACACAUCUGAAUUUAUAUUUUUGUUUAGAUAUCUAAAAUAUAUUCUUUUUCUUAACAAAUCUAAAAUAUGUUGUCUUUUUAGGUUAAUUUUUGAACAACUGGGAAUAUUCUUGGGUUUUGCAAUGUACUCUUUUGGUUAAAAAAUCAUAAUUUACAUGUAUCAAUUCUUUUUGUUAGAUCUUCAGUAUGAAUGGUAUCAUUCUUAUAAAAUUAUGAAACAUUUUCAGAAAUUAUUGUGGCUGAAGAAUAUCUAGAUAAAAUAUAAUUAUCUAAUGAUUACCAAUGUGUUCAGGUGUGUUUUGAGAAUUGAUACACAUAUAAUUUAAGCAUAUAUUUCAUGAUGCACGGAUAGGUUAAAGAGGCUUGCCCGCAGAGAGAUCAGAAAAAUUGGCUAAUAGAAAAAGAUUUUUUACACAUGACAGAUUGUUGGAAUUGUUGAGUUUUUCAUUUUAUUUUCCUUAUAAAACGCUGAAAAGUGA